CUGAUGUUUAAUGUUUACUUGGAGAAAGUGGAUGUAAACUGGUAGAGAUGAGAAUCCCUCCAGACGUCCACCAUUUGUAAAUAAAUCAUCUUCAGACUUUACGUACAUGAAUAUCCUGUCAUGCAAUGAAAGCCGAUUAAUAGUACUGGAAGAAGAUUUCUUCGAUGAAAGCGAAAGUAAAUGUGGGGACAUGGAAUGUCCGAACCAUGUUUCAACCCAGCAAGGCAGCCCAGAUUGCAAAAUAGACACAAGGAGGUAUGGUAUGGAAGUGAUUGCAAUCUGCGAAAGCAGAUGGAAUGGGAGUGGACUCUCCAAACUGUCAACUGGAGAAUCAAUAAUCUACUCCGAUAUUGUCACCAAGACGACAACCACGAGCACACUGAGUUUUCGAGCGGCUAUCAUGUUGUUCCCAACAGCAUCGGAGGCUGUUUCUCAUGCAGUGGGAACCAAUCUCCUCCAGCAUCAAGAUCAUGACAGCAAGAUUCAACUCAAAAGGAAGGAAGGUCACUAUCAUACAAUGCCAAUGCUACGCUACGCCUCUACAAAUAGUGUAGAGCAAGAGAAGAAGGAGGAAUUCUACAGACAACUGCAAUCAACACUGGACAAGACACCACUCCAGUUGGCGAUAUCAAAAUUCUAAUGGUUGGGGUGGCAUGAAUGCCAAACUGGGAGGGGACAACACAGGAAGAGAACUAACCAUGGACCGAGAAGCGCUCGGUGAGGUGAUGAACGAGAAUGGAGAAUUGUUUGCAGAAUUCUGUGCAUUCAAAGAUUUGGUGAUUGGAGGCUAGGCAGUGUGUUCAUGCACAAAGAUAUCCACAAAGCGACAUGGAUUUCACCAGACACCAGGACACACUAAAAACCAAAUCAACUUCAUCCCAAUCUCAAGAAGAUGGAGACGCAGUCUACUUGACACAAGGUCAAGAAGAGGAGCAGAUGUAGGUUCACACCACUCACUAUCUAGUGCAAGGAACCUUCCAAAUGAAGUUGAAAGCCUUCAAGAAAGUUGGUGAUAGACCUCAAUUCAAGUACAACACUCGGAAACUG